AUGUCUCAAAAAUUAAGUAAUUCAAUUACAAAACACAAAACAAAAAGGGCAGGAAAUGCUGUAUUUAUGGAAUCAUCACCAAGUCAACGUUGGCCUUUAGGAGUGCCAAUUCAAUAUUUAUUUGAUCAAAAUAUUGCAUUAAAUGAACAAAAUGCUGUAAAAGAAGCUUUAUCAGAAAUUCAAUCAAAAACUUGCUUACAAUUUAUUGAAACAAAAACAAAACCUACGGGAGCUCAUUUAUAUUACACAAAAGUUGCGAAUCCAACUUUUUGUGGCCUAAGUUAUAUUGGACAAAUUUUGCCUGCAAAUCCAAUUUAUUUAUCGUUUAUGUGUGGAAAUGGAUCGGGUAUUGCUUUGCACGAAACACUCCAUGCUUUAGGUUUUCAACAUGAACAGCUUCGUUUUGAUAGAGACCAAUUUAUUACUGUUAGUUAUGGUCUUCGUUACGAUUAUGGUUCAAUAAUGCAUUAUUCUGACACAAUUGCUGCACAAUCUCCGGGGAAAAAGACAAUGACCGCUAAAUUAGCUCCCUUUUUGAAUGGUUAAAAACAAAGUUUUCUCUUUCUAAACAUUUAAUAUACCUAGAUC